AUGGAGUCAGAUGAUGCUGUGCUUGCCGAGGCGCGGCGGUUUUCCAGUGACGAGCCAACACUGAACAACACCCUGGAGAUUUUCUUCCCUCAUAUCUUUGACAGAAUGACCCCGAGGUUCGAUCCGUUACCACCGCUUCAUGUCGCUGCAGACAAGUACGCAGACGUGGAUGCUCUUGAAAGGGUGUACGCCAUGCUCAAACAGGCUGGCUGCCUCGAGGGUUCACAGUCAGACGUCGACGUCCUGGAUGCCUUUGGCGACACGCCUUUUGCCGUGGCAGCCUUCUCUGGCCGGAUUCAUAUUUUAGGCUGUUGGUUCUGCGACCACGGCGCGGACAUCAACUUUGCGGUCCAUGACUUAGAUGGCCAGCGCCGUUCGGUCUUGAAUGCCAUGUGUAAAUCUGGUCGAUACAGCGACGCUCUUUCCUUGAUGGACUUGGGUGUCGAUAUCCAUAGGGAUACGGAGUUGCAUUCGGGAGACCGCCACGUACCGGCGUUGCAUCUAUGUUGUGGGUAUGAUGUGCUCAAAACCGGUCGGCCCGCGACAGAGAAGGACCUCAACCAACGGGGAGCGAUCGUGCUCAUCAAAAGACUGAUGCAUGCGGGAGCGGACGUCGAUGCCAGAGCAGAAGGCGGCACCACUGCCCUCAUGUCAGCCGUGCAUCUUGGCUUUCCUGCUGCCGUCCGCGAGCUGCUGGAGGCCAAGGCCGAUGUUGGAGCCGUGGACGACCGCGGCGACUAUGCACUCCGAUAUGCCGUCGCGCGUGGUCUGCACUUGAAGCCUGGGCCAGAUCUGAGCGCAGCACUGGUAAUCAUGCAACUCUUGUUGGACUACGGCGCUGACCCAAACCAACGUUCUCAAACCAGAGGCCCACCUCUGUUCACAUGCCAGUAUGAUCUUGUUGGAAGCCCCGCAGUCAAUCCCGAAGGCUCCGAUGGGAUCCCUACUCCUUUCGAUAUCGGUCAAAACAGCAUGGUGUCCAUUGCUCCGCUUCUGAUCACCAACGGGGCGAACCCAAAUAUGUACCUCGAGGACCCUAGAGACUUUGGAGAAGGGAUCCUCGAAAAACAACUUGACAACUUCGGAGGAAGGUCCCUCGCUGUCUCAGCUUUUUACUUGAGAGAGUUCGACUCCUUGGACUCACUGGUUGCAUCUGGAACCGUCAUCACUCAUCAGGACUAUCAUCUCAUGAUGCUGCUACAUCUUAUGGCGCAGUGGGAGCGCAAGAAAAACGAAAGGCCGGACCUUUUGGAACAACGAAUAACUGAGAUGAUGGUCGACCUGUUCCGUUGCGGCGCCGGCCGCCAAAUUGACCAGCCCGACGACAGUGGUCGGUCACCACUUCGCCUCGCUGUCGACCGUGGAAAUAUCGCCGUCGCAAGGCAACUCAUCGGGCUGGGUGCAUCACUCCACUUCGAACAUAGGAUGCCUGAUGGUUCGACAACGAUUUCUCCUCUGAGAGCAGCCAUCAGAAACUAUUCAAAAGCCAGGCAGUUUAAGAUGGCUACCAACAUACUUGAGGCUUCUAGUUACAUACAUGGAUCGACAGAUCCCCUCUGCGGAAAUUCGGGCUUGUUGAAAGACUUGAUCUUACACUUUGGAGGCAAUCCCUUCGAUAAGUCGAGUCGCAUCUCACCAAGGACGACUGAACUAAUGGAAGCGCUGUUUGGCAUAGGAGUGAGCGUGAACGAGUCUGACGAGCAUGGAAAUACCGCUCUGCAUCACCUCAUUCAACAGCUUUACCCGUCGGAUGAGGGCUAUAACUCAGGGAAUCUACAAGACGUCUGCCCUUCUCAAUCACCGGACUGUGCAGUGAGAAGUUCUUUGAGCGUCAAGGAUCCGGCAGGCACACACGCGGAAUGGUUGUUUGAGUUAUCAGUAGAGCAGGACAUGCAUUUGAAUGGCCGCAAUCUUACAUACGAGAGCGACAGCGACUAUGACUUCCAUCCCGACAAGUAUGACCAACCGGACUACGACAUAUUUGAGGAGGACAGCGACAGCAGCGACGACACAAACAGCGAGCAGGCUUUCCCUCGAAAUGAACUGGGUGAGUUGGUCAACCACGAUCCCGGUAUGGCAUCGGAUAGGUGCGACGCAUGGAUGGCAAUUUUCUUCUUUUUGCUGUGUCAGGACGCCAACUUAACGAUGAAGAACAAUUUUGGCAAGACAGCACUGGACUAUAUCGACGAGCUCAGGGGCUGCGAGCCUUGCGCUUGUCGCAAGAUGUACCGCCCAGUGAUUCCUGCUUUGAGGGAGUUCGUCAAGCGGCCUCCAUUUGAUCCUGAGUUGCUCGCAUCGUUGAAUGUGUCAGAUGUCAAGGCCGAGGGUAGGCCUGUCCUCUUCGUCCAUGAUCAGAUUCACCUUUCAAUGGACGAGAAUGGUCCAGAAGAGGCUCGUGAGAUGGAACUUCGAGCACGAGCAAUGGGCGAUACCCGCUGGGUGGCUUUCUGGUAG